UUAUUAAUUUAUUUUAAUUAUAAUUUUUCUUCAGAUAUUAGGUGAAAAGAAAAGGAGAGAACGGAUAGUAAUAUAUAAAUAUCAACGCUGUACGAAAGAGAUUUUUUCCUUUCCGAAGUUGUGGUGGUUAACAGAAUCACAUUUUUGACUCAAUCGGAAAGUCGGAGCAGAAAACGAGACAACGAAGCAACAACUACCGGAAUCCGCCAUGAGAACUCUUCAAGCUUCCACCUCCUACAGCGUUGGCUUUGGAAUUUCAUCUUUUGCUACUCGUCCUAAGCCUUCUUCUACUCAUCGCUGCCUCACCGUAGCCAAAAUGGAGCCAUCAGAGAAAUCUGUUGAAAUCAUGAGGAAAUUCUCGGAGCAGUAUGCUCGCAGGUCAGAAACAUAUUUCUGCAUGGACAAAGGUGUUACUUCUGUGGUCAUCAAGGGUUUGGCAGAGCACAAGGAUACAUUGGGUGCUCCACUCUGCCCCUGCAGGCAUUAUGAUGACAAAGCUGCAGAAGCGCAGCAGGGCUUCUGGAAUUGUCCGUGUGUACCAAUGAGAGAGAGGAAGGAGUGUCACUGCAUGCUUUUUCUGACCCCUGAUAAUGAUUUUGCUGGAGAAGAACAGACGAUUACUAUGGAGGAGAUUAAGGAAACAACAGCCAACAUGUGAUGCUCGGACAUCUUAUACAUGCUAUGAACAUUACGUUUUUGUUGUACAUGUAUAUUUGAGUAUUAGAUGAAGAGCAACAAUCCAGUUCUGAUGUGACAUGUUGCUGAAACCCCAUCCAUUACAUUGUUGUGAUUCUGAUCUCGUCUAGUGAGAUUGGGUGGGUGAAUAACAGUGCAAUUAUGCUAACUGUUGUGUGAUGCAUCUAGAUUGUAUGAGUCAUAACUCAUAUUAGGGGAUUUUGGGUGGCUUCAGCUUCAGCUAAUGCAAAUCCUGAUUUUGUAUAAAACUGGAAUCAAUUUCCAAAAGCUGCUUUGUGAAGUUCAAUCCCAGUCGUCUGACGUGUUAAUAAUGAAA